AACUUUGGACUGCAAUUUUUUCCUUCGACCAAGAUUGGCCUAGUCGAAUCUCCGAUCGUAGUUUGGACUACUGAAAUUACAGGUCAAACUCCGAUCGGAGUUUAGACUAGUUCAAACUCCGAUCGGAGUUUAGACUAGUUCAAACUCCGAUCGGAAUUUGGCCUAGGCCAAUCUGAGAUUGGCCUGGAUCGGAGUUUGGACGCUGACACAGACAUGUCCAGUCAUUUCUAUAUAUUCACAUUGAAAGAACGAAAUCAAAAUUACGACUUUCAUUGGUCAAAGCAGAUCGAAAAGACAAGACAGAAAAGUUUGGCUCAAAAAAGUCAAGCGCAUGAGAAAUUCAAGUGCUUGACGUAAGAAUCUCAUGCGCAUGAGUUUCUUGAGAUACGAAACUCAUGCACAUGAGUCAAGAAAGUCAAGCGCAUGACAUCGGAAAAAAUGCGUUUUGCAUGAGUAAGAAAUGUCUCCACACCAUGAGAUUCUUGCUCAAGAAAUUCAAGAAAGUCAUGUGCUUGAGAAAAAAAGCUUCACUAAGGUAAUUUCUUCACGAGAAGAUACGACGUUCUCGUGCAGAAACACCCAUUUCAACAGGAAAAAACCUCAAGUUCUUGUGAAGAAACGCCGAUUUCGUCCGCAGUGAAUGUGACGGUCUUGUAAAGAAGGACCGAUUCCUUCAAGAGAAAGCGCGAAGUUCUUGCCUGGAAAUACCGAUUUCUUCAGGAAAAGAUCUGUUAGGAAACACCGAUUUAGUCAGAAAGAAACCUGAAAUUCUGGCGAAGAAACACGGAUUUCUUCAGGAAAAAGCCUGAAGUUCUCUUGGAGAAACACCAAUUUCAUCCGGAGAAAACACCAACUUCUUGUGGAGAAAUACGGAUUUCGUCAGGAAAAAACCUGUUAGGAAACACCGAUUAGUUGGGUAAAAAACAUCAGAGAGAAUGUGAAGCUCUUGUGAGGUGAGAAACACCGAUUUCUACAGAAGAAAACACGCAGUUCUUGUGGAGAAACAACGACUUGUUCAGAAAAAAGUCUUCCGGACAAAAUAUGAAGUUCUCGUACAGAAACACCGAUUUGUUCUUGUGGAGAAUAUGAAUACCGUCUCCGCAACAACGACAGGUUUUCUCCUGAAGAAAUCGAUAUUUCUCCACCAGAACUACAUGUUUUCUGCUGAAGACAUCGGUGUUUCUCCAUAACAACUGCACAUUGUUGUGGAGCACAAUAUUAUUAGUCCCAAAAUAAUGGGUAUAAAAUAAUAUUGUACAGUAUCUUCAAUAAUGAUUGGUGCAUGCCCACUUGUACUGUGUAUCAGAAGAAUUGCUAAAAUACGCAGAUUAGAUGCGCCAGCUUAUGAAAGUACGCACGCUUGAGCAAGGAAACCUACUCAAGAGGAUAGAAUAUAAAAACAUGGUGAUAAUGGUUUUAGUUUAAACAAGUUUAUUUGGUUUCACCACAGCAACAAACCGGGUAAGAACGCAUUAUAUGUUGUCCAAAUGGUACAAGUGAAUAAAAAGAAAACAAAAAAAGACACAAAAGAGUUAGUUCGUAAAGUUCUAGGGGUUUUCGAACGCGUUGACAGUGUAACUCUAUAAUACAAGAUUCAAAUCUUCAGGUUGUAUGAUCCCGCAGAUAUACUCACCCUCCGGCCACCACUCUAUCUGGUACCAGACAGAUUUUGGAAUCUCAAAAACACAUGGUACAUAGAUAAUUAACCAUGCUGAUCAUCGUGGUAGUGUUUAUUUUCUAGAUCUAUGUUGUUACCUUUUAUGUUUGUUUAUAGAUGCGCGUAAUGAAGAACUUGGCUGUAUCUUAGAGAUGAAAUAUAUAAUAAGAAAAACAUCGAGAACAAUACCAUCGAAAGCUCCAGCGAAAACCACAUCAAAUAGACCGAGCGGAAGGACUGCAGGUGGUAAUGAACCAUUGGGUUCACCAAAUUCAUCGACGACUACGCAACAAAAAUCUGAAAAUACCAAACCCGAUCUGAAUACAACAUCUGUUAAAUCGCUGAAUCGGGAUUUAUUAGCACUUUUAUCAACUAGAGUUGAGACAGGCGAUGCAUCGCUCGAUGUUACAAUUAGGGGUGUUCGGUUCCGAGAACCGCAGUUCCGUGGUGAACAAACAGUGUCCGAUGAUGAUAAUCCUCUAACCAAUGGAUUUGAUGAUCUAGAUAUUAUCUAUGAUAAAACAACAAAUACGCCUAGAACAUUUGUGAUGAAAGACAACGUGACAAAAUCUGAAACCAAUAUUUCAACAUCAACUGAUUUUAGUCAACGUUUAUUACGCGCGGCUGAUAACGAUUUAAAUCCAAAUGAGAUCAUAUCUAAAAAAUUAGUUGAAUCAAAAUUUCAUUUUAAAAUUAAAAAAGAUAAUAUUGAAAAAUAUGAACAAGAAUACAUUACAGCCAUUUACGUUCUUGAUUAUGAACAAGCUCGUCAUGUAUUUUUAUUUGGAUUAAAUCAAUUAAAUAAAUCGAAAGAAUAUUAUGUUCUCGAUGGUUUUGUUACUGAUUAUGUUGAAAUAUAUCAAGAUAUUAGUCAGUUAUAUAAUAAAUUAGUAUUUUUUGAGUUAGAUAUUGAACGACAAUGUAAAAUGCAUAAACUUCGUAUUGAUCUUAUAUCUCCAUUGUGUAAUGAAUUAAAUGAAUAA